AUGUGUGGUGAAUCACUCAAGAAUUGUUGAACGACUAAACGUCGAAUUGAGUUUGCUAUAUCAAACCGCAAAGAAGUAUUACCUUUUUGUACUCCAUGUAAUAAAUGUUCUUCAUGACAAUUUAUAAAGAAUAGAAGUACAUAUUACUCUAAUUGGAAAUUGAUUUUAAUUUAAAUUAAUUUUUAGUAGUCUUAAAUAUUGAAGCUAUAAAUAUUAUGUGCAUUAAAAUAUUUCGCAUUAAUUUUGUUUCUAAAUACGUUAAAUUAUGGCAGUUGUAAAUGAUCAAAUAUUUGAAUUAGCUGUAGAAAUUGAAAAGCGAUUUAUUCAAUUUAAAGAGUUUAAAGACGACCUAACAAAGAGUUCAAACAUUUUAAGUUAUAGUGAUUUCAAUAUGAAAAAAAAAUUUAACAAAUUAUCUGAAGAAGUAAGCAAAUUAAAUAAAAAAAUACUAGAUAUGUUUGAAGCACUCAAUAUGCCAAAUCCUGAAAUUUUGACUAAAAUGAGUGAAUACAUAAAACAAUACAUUUUUCUUAAGAUUCACUUUGAUAAAUUAAACAAGCGCAAAAAAAUAUUAAAUGAUUAUACUUUAAAUUCAGGAUUAGAGCAUGAAGAGAAUGAACUAGAAAAUAAGCUAAAUGAUGUAUCAGAAUAUUUUUAUAUUAAACUUUCUGAAAGAAAUAAUGAAAUUAACCAAGAAGAGAAUAAAAUAAAAGAAACUCAAGAUUUCUACAAGAAAAAAAUUGAAAAAAUGGAGAAUGACUAUAAAAAAUUAAUUGAAAAAUUAAAAAGAGAACAAAUAUUAUUACAAAGGCAAGUGAAUGCCUUUUCUCAAUUAACAGAAGUUUAAUAAUUUAGAGUUUAAUUAUUAGAAAUAAUAUAAACUACUAUUUUAUUCAAACUAUUAAUGUACUUUUUAUCAAAGCUAAGUAUUUUUUAUGUCAUUAAAUUUAAACUAUGAUAAAAUAUUUCAUAAAAGAAUGUAAAUCAUU